UUACUCUUUAUAAUAUUUGUUAAUAUUCUGCUCGUAUUCAGAUUUUAACUAACAAAAUUCCUAAUAAAAAAAUGUUUUAAUAAAAUAUGUGAGAAAAGAAUUAAAAAAAUUGGUUAAAUAGCUAGAGAUUCAAUGUCAAAUUGACGUGUUAAAAAGUUCCACUUAAUUCUUCAUAGCAAAUUUUUUAUUAUUAUUUUAGUUUGUGCUUUAAAACACGUAAAUGAGUAAAUAAACAAAAACAAAAUAAAGUAAAAAAUUAAACUAGCAGCCAUCAAAGUUCCAUACGCAAUAUUUAUUUAAUUUAUUUAUAUUUGCAAAAUUUCAUUUGAGAAAAGUCUUGAUGAAACGUUAGAGUUUAAGCGGACCAAACAAAAAAAAAUCAUUAAACAACCACCACAACUAUGAGGCGACCUAAUAUCAAGUGGCUUUUUAAAACUGGCUGUCUACUUAUCAUAGUUGGAACAUUAUUCAUACUUUUAACGGGAUACUUAUCAGCCAGUCCAUAUACAAAUCGUUUGCCAAAUCAGCGACCGAAUGCAGCGCCAUAUGAACUGCAACAGAGACAGAACAGAAAACUUGGAGAACCCUUGCUAGAUGACCAACCAGUGGGACCAGCACCGGUAAAUGAACAGUCCCAUAAAGAUCAUGCAAGAAAGCCACCACCAUUUGUGCCACCUGUACAACACCCUCAAAUUAAUAAAAAUGACCAGCAGAAUGCCAUUGAGGAAGAAGAGUUAAAUAAUGCAAUUGAUGAAGAAGAUCCCAAUCAGCAACAAGAAAAUGUUGUUGAAAACGAUCAAAAACCACAACAAGAACAACAACAACAAAUACUGCCACCAAAUCAAACGAAAAAAGAUUGGCACGACUAUACAGCCAUGGAACGUGAUGUCAAGCGUAUUGGUUUCGGCGAACAGGGUAAACGUGCCACAAACAAUGACGAAUCGACGCGGGAUUUAGAGCGCAAAAUGUCUUUAGAAAAUGGUUUCAAUGCCUAUUUGUCAGAUAUGAUAUCGGUAAAUCGUUCAGUGCCCGAUAUACGGAAUAAGGGCUGUCGCACAAAACAAUAUCUUCCAGAACUGCCAACGGUGAGCAUAGUCAUUCCAUACUUCAAUGAACACUUUAGUGUUCUAAUACGCUCAGUACACAGUUUAAUGAAUCGUUCGCCGCCCGAAUUGUUAAAGGAAAUCAUAUUAGUCGAUGACUUUAGCGAUCGUGAAUAUCUGUUCAAGCAAUUGGAUCAGUAUGUAGCCGAGAAUUUCCCAAAGCUGGUACAAAUUAUACGCUUGAACAAGAGAACUGGUCUAAUCGGAGCCCGCAUGGCUGGGGCACGUAAGGCUACAGCUGAGGUCCUAAUAUUUUUGGAUUCGCAUAUAGAAGCAAACUAUAAUUGGCUGCCACCUCUAUUGGAACCGAUAGCCAUCAAUAAACGCACUGCUGUGUGUCCCUUUAUCGAUGUCAUCGAUCACAGCAAUUUUGAGUAUCGUGCUCAGGAUGAAGGAGCACGUGGUGCUUUUGAUUGGGAGUUUUACUAUAAACGUUUGCCACUGUUGCCAACAGAUUUGGAAGAUCGCACCAAACCUUUCAAGAGUCCAGUUAUGGCUGGAGGACUGUUUGCGAUUUCUCGUGAGUUUUUCUUUGAGUUGGGUGGUUACGAUGAAGGUUUGGACAUCUGGGGAGGUGAACAAUACGAAUUAAGUUUCAAAAUAUGGAUGUGUGGUGGUGAAAUGUACGAUGCUCCAUGUUCUCGUGUAGCCCAUAUCUACAGAGGUCCCCGCAAUAGUUCACCCAGUCCUCGUAAAGGGGAUUAUGUUCAUAGAAAUUAUAAACGUGUUGCGGAGGUGUGGAUGGACGAAUAUAAAAACUAUUUAUAUGAGCAUGGCCAGGGCAUCUACGAGCAAAUUGACGCUGGAGAUUUGACAGAACAGAAAGCCAUACGCACAAAACUUCAGUGCAAAUCGUUCAAGUGGUUCAUGGAAAAUGUGGCAUUUGAUUUAGUCAAGGUUUAUCCACCAAUUGAACCUCCAGACUAUGCUUAUGGCGCUCUGCAGAAUUUAGGAACGCCUUCAUUAUGUGUCGACACACUUGGUAAACCUCGCCAUUCCGAAGUUGGUUUAUAUCCCUGCCAUGAUGAUCUCACACGUCCAGGACGCAACCAAAAUUGGGCUCUAAGUUGGCAUAGAGAUUUGCGUUUGCGUCGCAAACUAGACUGCUUGGAUGUCCAACAGACGUAUAAAAAUGCUCCGGUUUGGUUGUGGGAUUGUCACGGUCAAGGUGGCAAUCAAUUCUGGUCAUAUGAUCGUGAAAACAAAUGGUUAGUUCAUGGCCGAAAUAAGGGCAGCAGCAAAAGAUGUUUGGAAGCUUCGCCGAGAGACCGUAAGCUCUUUGUUAAUGUUUGCGAUGAAGAUAACCAGCAUAUGCAAUGGUCCUUCGGUGUUUUUAAUACCACAGCACUGGAUAGUUUUUGGGAGGGAAUUCCCAAGACCCAUUAAUGUGUCUGUCCAUAGCAACAGUAUGUGAUUACCCUUUGUACUUAAUUAUAUGUGUUUCUUUUUUAUUUUGAGAACAUAGUUCUAGUGACAGAGACUCGUAUAAUGAUAAUGACGACGAUGGUUCUGUCGAUUGAUUCUUUAUACAAAAUUUAAACUGAAAGUAGAUGUAAAUAAGUUCAUGCACAAGACAUUAGCAUUAAAGUACUAACUAACGUAUUCUAGUUUUAAAACAUUUUAAUUUUAUUUUAAUAAUGCCAAGUAUUGUUAUACAUAUUCUUCUUUUUAACAAAACUGAAAACAAAAUCCACGUUUGCCAAUAUUUUAUUACUAUUUAUUUUUAAGUUUUUUUUGCAAUAGAUAUAAAUAAAUACAAAAUAAAACGAAAAAAAUUAAAUCAAAAAUAAAGUGUUCUAUUAUACAAUUAGUUAAUUGUUAUGUAAUGAUUUGUAUUGUAAACGACAAUGUUUUUCAAUAAAGCAAUAAGUAGUUUUUAAAA